ACGGUUUGGUUGAUUUAACGGCUUGGUUUUUCAGUUUUCACUUGCCCUUCAAUGGAGGAAUGCAUCUUUGCUUCUGAUAACCAAGUGAUGGAGGGCGACAAUGAUACUGAAAGUGAGUUUGAGGGAGAGGAAGAGGAGGGAGUCCCAAAAACAAUUGUUUUCGAAUCUUCCCGCUCAGCUAAGUUGAAGGACUUAUUGCAUAAGAUUAAUUCUAUCGAAAUCAAAUUGUUUUCAGAUGCUACCAAAGAUUUUGUUAAGUUGCUCAAAACUGAUGCUGGAGCUGAAUUGCUUCAUCUUUAUAUUGAAACUUCUCCUUCCUUGUCGGAGCUUCUAGAAGCUUGGAAGCUUCGACAGGGGAAACCUGGAAUGUCCUAUGUAUUGUCAUUGAUUUCGGCUAUUUUAAGUCACCCUGAAGGGAGAAGAUAUAAUGAUAAAUUGGGUGUGAGUAGGGUGCUUGACAAGUUUGCUAGAUUGAUUGUUGAUGAAAAGUUGGAGGAUGUUUAUAGGGAAUUGAAUACUAAAGAUGGGAAGCGUCAAAAUGCUGCACUUUUGUUGAUGGGUUCCGUUGUUAGGCGUGGCUCAGGGUUGGCCUCUGAGGUUGCCAAGAAAUUUGAUUUUAAACUCCAGGGGUUUUCCAAACUUUCUGAGUACAAAAAAAGAAAGCAGAUUGAUAAGAAGAAACAUUCGACUAGAAAGUCAUUUGUUGGGUUUGCUAUGUCGUUUUUGGAGAUGGGGAAGCCGGGGUUAUUGAGGUGGGUGUUGCAACAGAGGGAAAUGUAUUCUGGUGUAUUGAGAGGCCUUGGGAAUGAUGAUGACGAAACGGUUACAUAUAUAUUGUCUACACUGUGUGAUAGGGUACUCACAGAAGAGUCAUUAGUGCCCCCUGGUCUUAGGAGUGUUCUCUUUGGCAGUGUUACAUUGGAACAGCUGGUGAACAUUUCUGGAAGGCAGAAUCGUGGGGUUGCUGUGGAGUUGGCAUAUCGCGUUCUUGUUAUGGUUUGCACAGAUCCUUCUAAUGGUUUGAUGCCUGAUUUUGAGAGAAAACCUAAUCCAUUAAAGGGUAAUCCAAAAAGAUUAUUGGGGGUCAUGAAAAAGCUAAAAGCUACAGAGAUUGGCUAUCAUAAGGACUUACUUUUGGCUACUCUUAGGGGGAGACCAUCCUUGGGUGCAGCUUAUAUGGAUGAGUUCCCAUACAGUGUUGAAGAUCAUGCAUCGCCUACUUGGGUUUCUACUGUUUCUCUGGCAGCAAGCUUGAUUUCCUCAGUGGCCAUGGGAAAUCCAUUUGGUUUCCUUGAUGCUAAGUCUCAUGAUCCACCUUCCUUUGAUAGUGUAGACGUGCAAAAUAUCAUUAAUUGCAUAUGUCCUCAUCCACUCAGCAGAUCUGUAGUCACCAAGGGUUUGCUUCACUCUGAUUUUCUUGUGAAGCAUGGAGCCUUAAGGCUUCUUUUGGAGGCAUUGAAGUUGUUAGAUUCCUUCAUCAGUUCUUUGAACAACAUUUUUUUGGUGAGAAAUCAGAUGAUGCAAAGUUGGGCACUGGUGAAGCAAGAUAUUCAGAAUGAGGUUCGAACUUUGCUCCCUGAUACACAGGUCUUGUUGACAUUACUUUCUUCGCUAGGUACCAACAAUAGAACUCCAAAGUCUUCUUUGAAGAGGAAAUUUGGUUUAGAAAAAUUUCCAGACAACAGUAGUUUAAAGAAAUUAAAAGCUGGUGUUUUGAAGGAGGACUCAGACAUUAUUGUAGGUGGGAUAAGCUCUGUUCCUGACGUUGCUCUGCCUGAUGAUCAUGACGUGGUUGCAGAUGCACAUGUGACAGAUGAGUUGGACAUUGAAAAGGAAUUUUUGAAUGUCAUUUCAGACAUUUGGGGUUUAGACCUAUGCUCUAGCCCUGUUAUGGAAUUAAAAGAUGUGGAGAUGUACUUCUACUCUAAGCUUCUUGAUGCUCUCAAGAUAUAUCUUCGGACUGUACCAACUGUACUAGAGGGAUCAUUUGACUUCUUCAUGAAUCUUGUGAACAGUCCAUUAGCAUUACCAAUAGAUCUGCAGCGCUCUCUUCUGGCUUUGCUAAUUGAAUAUAUAGGAUGGUCUCCAGGGAAUGGAAAAUCCAAUAGAAUCCCAUUACUGAUGUACAAGCAUCUGCAUACGUUCAUUAACUUGCUAAUACUUUCACCAAAUAGUGACAUAAAGAAUCAAGCUUAUAAUCUGGCAAGAGCAGCAAUGCUGAGUACUGGUGCAUUUGACAGAAACCCAUAUGAAAUUGGUGCAUGGUUCUUAUUUUUGCCAGGUUAUAGGAGAAAUAAAUUGUCUGUUGAGGUGCAAGGAGUAGAAGUGCUGCAGAGCCUGUCUCAAGUUGUUGUCUCAUUCUUGGGUGACGCAAUUUCCACCAUUGGAAAUAAUCUGUUCAAACAUUGGGAUAUUGUUAGGCAAUAUAUAUCCCGCUUAAAAGGCUUUAAAGGUAUAUCCCCUAACUUCAGCCCUCUUAUUGUAUGUGCCCUGGACAAGUGUAAAAGAUUGCUCAAUUCCUCAUCUGGAACCUUUUCACUAUCUGAGAAGUCAAUGAUAUCACUGUAUGUGUGCAACACAUUGAAGUAUCUCCUGCAAACACAGGUAGAUGCGGGAUUAUUGUCUGAUUUAGUUCAAACAGUUUUGUCUGAGGGACUUGGUGAUUGCCGUUCCAUGGUUUAUGAUUCUGGGGAUCUCUUAUGUGAGUGGAGGCCAUUGAAGAACUUAUUUUACUUCUCACAAAGUGCAUGGUAUCAGCCACCUCGUUAUUUUCUUUCCAUUGACAAAAAUGCUAUCCCUGAUGAUAGUUCUUUUGCGAUUACACUAGGUGAAGUGAAAAAAUUUAUUGGAAAUGAGCAACAUGGUGAACUAACUGGAAUUGUUAAAGCCUUUUAUUCUGCAAUGUUAUGUGCAACGCCUGAGGAUAUAUUAAUCAAUUUUCCUUUGGUAAUGACUAUUUCUCUGAAGCUUGGUGUAGCUGUCCCACUAUUGUCAUCAAUAAUAUUUAGUGAGCAAAAUUUUCUUGUUGGUCUUUCUAAUAUAUGGCCUGAAGUGUUUGUUCCUGGUCUGGAAAUGGCUUUUUUAGAGAUCCAUCAGAAAGGCAAGGAUGAUGAUGAAGGAAUGACCUCUAACAUUGAUUUUGAUACGAUACAAUCAGCUGCUGCAGCGUUUAGUUUGUUUUUGAAGCAGGUGCCCUUUCAUGUGCUAUUUCCAGCAACUAUAAGCAUUGAUGCCCCUUAUUUAUCAGAGUCCUCCAAGAUACAGGACUUGCUUUUGUCUAAAAGGUCAGAUUGGACUAGUGAUUGCCCCAUUUCCUUUCUGCGCCUUGUGUUAUUUUGGUUUUAUCGUGUACAAUUGUUUUAUAGAAACAAACAGUUAAAUGAACUGGAACAAGUUUCUGAUAUUUGUUUGAUUAUCGUAAAGCACAUGUUUUCCCAACUGUUGGCUUUGAAGCCUGAUUUUGAGUGUUCAAUGAAUACUGAAGUUCCUUUGUUAGCAGAAACCAUAAGAGAAGUGGGAGAAAUUAUCUUAUGUCAUCCGGAAAUGAUAUCAUCACUGACCUGUCCAUUGAGCUGUAAUAAGGAGGUGACAACAGGACUUCUAGGGAAUGGUUUAGAGACUUUUCUGAGUUUAUCUGGGCAGAGAGUUCGUAAAUUAGAUCAUCAUAUCCUGGAUCUUUUGACUGCAACUUUAGACUUCUACUUGUCUGUUUCGAAAAGCCAUUAUUCUGUCAUUGAAGAUGAAGCAAAGAGGACAAUUCGGAGGGCUUUCAGUUCUUUGGUACAAAGGCUGUUUCUAGAUGUAAAGGACAGGUUUGAUGUGUGCAGUGGUAGUGGAGAUUUGCAGCCACUUCUCUCAUCAUUUUGUGCUAUACAUGCUUUGAUUCUAUUUAUUUCCCCUUUUGAGCUUCUUGAGCUGGGGCAUUGGAUGUUUAGUAGAAUUGAUGUGAAUAAACUGACAGCCGAAAAUUCUCAUGUAAUGUCUGCUCUGUCUGUUGGUUUUUCUCUGGCUGGAGGUGGUUUUGAAGUUCUUUCCACUUAUUUGCAGCAGCCUCUCAUAGAGAGAGCUCCAUAUGAUUUCUUAUGGCAAGUGGAAGAGAAGACUUUUGAUGUUAAUAUUUUGGAGGAUAUCUAUGUUAAGGUUUGUAAAUUUGCCUGUAAUUUUAAUUUGGAUUUUGCUGAUAUGUGUUUGCUGAGAGCUGUUAAUGCUGUGUAUAGACAAAAAAGCUCACAGCGUGGUGAACUUCAUCCAUCAAGUGCAGUAAUGUCAAGGGUUUUGAUGAGCACUCCAGUAGAAAUGGUUUCUCAUUGCAUUUACAGGACAAGCAUUGCAAAAGCUAAACUGUUGCAUCUUCUUAUUGAGAUGAGUCCCCUGCAUCUGUCAAUCUUUGGGCAAUUAUUUUUAAGUAUCUUAAACAAAGAUUUUUUUUCCAAUGGCAUUUUGAUGAAAGAAAUCUCUGGUUAUGCCCUUUCAGAUGACAAUUUUAUGAUGCUUCUUCCUGCUGCUUUAUCAUUGGUAAAUUCAGCUUUUGUGAAAUUUGAGAAGCACUUCUACCGGCAUUUUAAAAGUAUACCAUCCUUUUAUUCUAGGAUGCUAUUAAAUGGUUUUGUGCAUUGGAAAAGCUUUGUGUCUGGAGAUAUAUUUCAGGAGGAGUACAGCGAGUUCUUGCCCUCUUCUUCUCAAGAACUUUUUAAUCUGGUUGACGAAAGUCUUCUGGGGAAAGCAAUUCAUUUGUUGAGAUAUCACUUUUUCUUAAGUGGAGACUCCUUGAAACUGAAAAAGCGAUUGGAACUUUUUAAUUCCAUUUUCGCAUAUUCUGUUACACAUGAAGAACUGCUUGAUUGCGGUGUCUCUGAAAUGGAUUUUAGUUCAGUUAAUAAGUCAUUGAACCAUAUUAAUAAAGUUGUUGCCAAAAUAUCAUUCUGCAAGAUGCUGUUAUUUCCAGAAGAUGAUAAAGUUCUGUUUCUGCCCAAAGAAGAAGAUGGAGGCUUGAGGGAAAUCUCGUUAACAAUGGGAUCUAAUAAGGCGGAUUCAUCAAGAAUGCAUUUCAUGGAUGCUUUAGUGGGUGCAUGGCAAUGGAUGGUUAAGAAAUUACCUUUAAUUCCAGAGUAUUCCAUAUCAAUAAUAGCAAAGAGUGGGGACUGCUUAUGCUUGUACAGAUGUUUGGAAGUUUUCAUCUUGAGAAAUAUUCUUCAACUGACCAGAAAAAUGCACAGUUAUCUAAUUCUGUUGCAAUCUAUUCCUUUUGUAGAACAAUUAAUGAGAUCCACUCUCCUCUACAGAUUUGAAGAUUCCAAAACACUGGGAAUUCUACGAAGCAUCCUCAUAUUGCUGUCAGAGGGAAAAUUUUCACGUGUUCUAUGUCUUCAAAUGUUGCUUGGUCAUUCUCAGUUUGCCCCUAUGAUUCACUCUAUCUCUAAAUCAUCUACCUCAGAGACUGGUACAUUUUUCAGGCCUAUGUCCAGUAUUCUGAGGUUGCUUGUUGUCCCUGAUAUCACUUCAAAUGUGAAGGAUGGCAAGGAUGAUCAGGAAGCAGCUGAGAUGUGUGUGAAGCAGCUAGAAAUCCUUAAGUUACUUAGAACACUCCUCCUGUCUGGUGCUGCUCAGUCUGAUUUUGAUUCUAGAAAUGAUAGUAGUAUAAAUCUUAAAGAAUUGCAUUUGUUGCUUCUGUCUUCUUAUGGUGCAACACUAAGUGAAAUUGACUUGGAGAUGUACAGUCUGAUAAAUGAGAUUGAGACCAUUGAUUCAUCAGAUUCUAAAUAUAUUGCAGAAAUAGAUUACCUUUGGGGCAGUGCUGCUAUGAAAGUAAGAAAAGAACAUGGGCUGGAGCAUGGUGCUUCUCGUAAUAUCAUGACUGAUAUUGAAGCAGCUCAAGAGUGUCGAAAAAUUAAGUACAGGGAGAAUCUUCCAGUUGACCCCAAAGUAUGUGCUGCAACUGUGCUGCACUUUCCGUAUGAUAGAACUGCUAGCGAUAGGCCUUUAUCCUUGAACAAGCUUCAAUCAGAUAAUAUUAAGGACAUGAUUAAGCUACAUUCUCCUGGUGCUGGAAAUAUACAACGAUAUGAUCCUGUUUUCAUCAUGCGCUUUUCAAUUCAUAGUUUGUCAGCAGGCUAUAUUGAACCAGUUGAGUUUGCUGGUUUAGGCUUGCUUGCAGUUGCAUUUGUUAGCAUGUCUUCUCUUGAUGUCGGGAUGAGAAAAUUGGCGUAUGAAGUUCUUUCAAGAUUCAAGAUUUCACUGGAGAGGUGUCAGAGGAAAAAAGAUGUUAUGCGACUUCACCUGUUGUUGAUGUAUAUGCAAAAUGGAAUAGAAGAGCCAUGGCAAAGAAUCCCUUCUGUUAUAGCUCUUUUUGCUGCAGAGACAUCACUGGUUUUGUUGGAUCCUUUGCAUGAACAUUAUUCAACCUUUAAUAAGCUUUUGAUGAACUCUUCUAGAGUAAAUAUGAAGCAAAUACCCUUGUUCCAUGAUUUUUUCCAGAGUAGUGCUGUUAACUUUAGAGCACAGAGGCUCUGGAUACUUCGCCUAGCCAAUGCAGGGCUUAAUUUAGAGGAUGAUGCUUGGUUGUAUAUCAGGAGCUCUAUUUUAGAGACUCUGAUGAGUUUUUAUGUUUCCCCUCUUUCAGAUAAUGAGUCAAAAAAACUAAUUCUUCAGAUACUGAAAAAGUCUGUUCAGUUGCAUAAAAUGGUUCGUUAUCUGGUUGAACAGUGCAGUCUGUUUUCAUGGUUGUCAUCUAUUCUCUCAAACUAUAGCAGGGUGCUGCUUGGAGAUGAAAACAGAAUUUUCUUAACUGAGCUGGUUAUGGUUAUAGAGGUUGUCACCGAGGUUAUUUCAUCAAAAGAUAUCACUGAAUGGUUGCAAAGCUGUGCCCUUGAACAGCUGAUGGAACUUGCAUCUCAUCUAUAUAAACUUCUAGUUGGUGGCAUGAAGUUGAUAAAUGAACAUGCUGCUUUUGUCAAUCCAACUUUACAGAUCAUCAUAUCCACACUAAAGAUGUCCCAGAAAAGGCAAAUGUACCAGCCUCAUUUCACCCUAUCACUGGAGGGUUUAUUUCAAAUCUAUCGAGCCGUUAAUGAGCAUGACAUUGGAAGAUAUAGUGGAAAUGCAGAGUGUGGGCUUGAAGCUAUACUUACGAGCACACCUCCUAUUGACAUGUUUUGCAUGGAUCGAGAGAAGCUCUCAAGUUUUCUUAUUUGGGCCACUUCUACUGCCUUAAAGUCCGAGUCUAGAAAAAUGUUUCAGUGCAAAGAAUCUGGUCUCUAUCUCCCAGUAAUCUUAGAGGAGGCAUCACAUGAGGAGUCCUUGACGUUGAAACUAUUACGCUGGCUUACUGCUUCUAUAAUUCAUGGGAAGCUUUCUUGGAAAUUUAAUGAUUGGAUUGCCAAGUUUUCAGACAGAUCAAACUCAAAAACUCUUCAGUCUUUGUUGGAAUAUGUUCCAAAGGGAGAUAAAGAAGGCAACAAAAGUAGCUUUUACUGUGAGGAGAUGUUAGCAGCCCAAGUCUUCUAUCUCCAGCAGUCUCUUGGCAUAAAUUGCAGUGCUCUUCCAUCAGUCAUCUCUGCACUUUGUCUCCUCCUUUGUGAUGAUUCCAAAGUUGCAGGAUUGGACUUCAUGCUUGACUUUAGAACUUCAAUGGUGACCCUUUGUUCAAUGAUAUGUUGCCCUCCUGAAUCAUAUCCUGCUUGGAGAUGGUCAUUUGACCAGCCGUGGAAGGAUCAUUCAUCUGAAUUGACUGAUUUGGAGAGGAUUGAUGAGCUUCAUGCCUGCCAAAAACUAUUGGUGAUGAUCUCAAAUGUGCUUUGGAGGAAGUCUUCAGAUUUUCUGGCUUUAUCGCUGCAAGCUGUAGAGAAUUGUGGUGUAUUGAAAUGGGAAAGAAGUAUUAUAGAGACUGAAUGAUAUCUCAGACAAAUUCAAUUCCUUUUUGCAUUCUAGAUUUUUAUAUGAUGCAGCUAUGGUGGGAAACCAUUAGACCACUGCUCCAACUAAAGUAAAGAUGGAAACAACCACCCCAAGUAUGGUAAAGCUGAACACUAUGGAGCUAUGAACCGUCUGAGAAGACUAAUAGUGUUGGAAGCAAUGCUAGGAACAGCUACAAGGAAAUACAGACAGAGUAAUUCAUGGCCAUAAGAGUACAGAUGUUGGAACCAAGUAGCAGCAUGGAAACUGUGGCUAUCUUUUAUGGAAGGUUGUGGAGUUAUGGGGAUUAUGGUGAAGAGUGAUGCAGACGGGGUGACAUGAAAACUGAUCAGUGGAAUCUUUGGACUUUGGUUACUUCUAUCUGCUUGCGUCAAUGGCCAAGACCUUCAGGAGUCUCUGCAUUGCUCUUGGAAAGGCAUUCUGCAGCAGGCCAAUUAGCGAAACAUAGCACGGCUACUGAGGUUUGUGAUGAAGCCAGGUGCCACCAUUCUUUAUAAAGGUAUUAGGCAAGGAUGCGUUCGGCUUAAAUUUGACUUGCUGCAAUAAUGUUGCUUGAAGUGAAUAAACUAGCAUGGCAUGUGUAAUCAAAUAUCUAAUUAGGAUCCAAAAUUUUGGAAAAAAUAUAUUAGUCUCAAUGGACUCCUUUUACAUUUUAAUUAGUAGGUCAGUUAUUUGAUCGAUUUGAUUAGUUUUUUCGAAUGCCGAUAGUCGAUCGAUUAAAUCGAUCUAAUUGAAUUUUUAAUUAAAAAUAAAUAGAUUGAACUGAGUUGAUCAAAUUUGGUUGGUUAGGUCAAUUUAUUCAGUUUUGAUCUACUAA